ACCAAUCAGUGUAUAUAAGACAAAGUUUGUUAGAAAUCUAAACGAAAAUCGUGGGCCCAAAGGCAACCUUGAACUCGGGCUUAGACAAAUGUCAGUUUUCCCAAACGAAAAUUCACACAAAAACAAGCUGAAAGGGGUUAAUUAGAAUAAAGACUCGAGGGCAAGCACAAAAAGGUGUUAAUGCUAAUGUUACGUAUACGUAAUGUGGCCUGGAAAUAGAAAUGGAAAUUGAAAACUCAAACUGUUUGGGAUUCCAUGUGCCAAAUUGUAAACUAAUAGCCAAAGUGUUGGAAAUUCAUUUGUCUUUCUCUCAAAUACACACACCCAUAGGCACCCACAGUCGCUGGUAAUUUCAAAUCAAUUAAUCUCAAUUAUUUCGAUCGCUCAACUGGGCACAAUCGAGGCGAAAAUUCAACCAACAAAAUCGGGCAAAGUUUUCAUUAAAAAUGCAGUUUUAUUUACGAUCAAAAUUCUGUUUAUUGUUUGGCUAAUAAAUUUUCUGUGUGCCUCUCCGUUUAGCCACGUGAAAUAUCUACAUUAAAAGUUCACAUAAACUAAACAAAUGUGAAAAAAAUCAAUUACUGUGCUAGAUGUGUUUAAUUUUGCCAUAAAAAGUACAAAAUUAAAGGAAACUGUGUGAUAAACAUAAUCUACGGAAUUUGGAAUACAAAAAAACAUGAAAUGGAGCUGAUAAAAAAAUACAAACAGGGAAAGCUAACCACCAGCGAUAUACGAAAUCUGAACAACACCGUCAUGUGCCUGAUGGUCCUCAUAGCCAUAUUCUCCAUUAUUUGGAGCGUAUCGCUGCACAUGAUUUCGGGUGAUUUGUACGAGGGAAUUGUCAGUGCCAAACUCAUCUUCCGGGAGCGCAACUUCGAGCAGAUGGAUGAGCACAGCAAGCAGAUUCUCCACCGGGAUUUCAUGGCUGUCACUCAAAAUGCCUAUGGCCAAAAGUACUCCGUGCAGGAGCAGGAAGUCACUCCCGAAUCGCUAAAGAGCGAGAGCCAAACUACCAAGCCAACCUUCAAGAUUUCGCAUAUUUACGAGUCCAGCAAAAACCGGCCUACGUUGGAGCGGCUGAUAGCCGAACAGGAUAUAGAAAAGAUAACCACCACCACCACAAAGGCUCCGACGCCAAAGAUUGUGUUCAAUGCCGAGGCAGACAGGCAGUUUUUGGGGACCAUGUCCCUGGAUGCCCAUGCCACAUUUUGGAGUCGCAGCAUAGCAGCCCAGUUUGUCUAUGCAUUUCCACCCAUUUCAGAAAUUGUGGCUAUCAUUUGGACAGCCAUGUGCCUGAUCUUUCAAACGGGCAGCAAAAAGAGCUCAGUUCUGCCCAAACCCUGGCGCAUUGUGGUGCCCUCCAUUGUCAUCUUCUCGGUGAUGAGUCUGGGGAGCGUCCUCUAUACAAUCCUGACCAACGGACACCUCAAGAGUUUGUGUGGCCAGCUGAGGGAGAAUCUCACGAACCCGACGGCCAUCAGUUGCGGCGAUGCCAUUUCUCUGCUGCGUCCCAUCGUCCACGAUCACAAGGUGUCCCAUGAUACUUAUCUGGAACUAUUUAGAACAAGCUAUGUAAUUGGCAUGGUGCUGUGGAUUGUGGCUCUGCUGGUCAUGGUGCUGCGCUUUAUCUUUGCUGUGGACUUCCAGCUGGUGGACAUUGACGAUAUGUUUGACCAGGGCAGGAACGGGGAGAUUGAGGUGCCCAUUCAACCGGUCUACACGGAGGUCGUGCAGCAGAGUAGCCCGCAGAGGCAGGUGCGUCCUAGAUCCGAGGAUGACUAUCAGAGUGCCAGGUCGCACAUAAGCGAUCUGGCGGUGCCUCUCCUAGAGGUGCAAAGCCAGUCCCAGGUUCCGCCAACGAAUUUGGCCUGAAUCCUAGGGUGGAGAGUGUGUGCAAUCUCAGGUUUAUUUUUAUAGUUAGUUUAGCGGAGGCCUAAGGAAUACUAUCUUAACUAACCCAGAUUAGCUUAGGUUUUAGUGUAUAAUGAAUCGAUAUUUAAUUGAUAUUUUUCACUGUCUUAGCUUAACGAACUCGUGCCUCGAAAUCUAAUUUAAUUCGAUGUAAAUGUCACUUGCUGGAAAGUUUAUUUAAGGAAAAAUUGAUGAUUUUAAUGUGGUCUGAGCUUUAUAUAUUAAAAGUAGCAAGACAAAUUAUAAAACUUUUAAGCACAAAAUCGAGUAUAAGUGAACAUAUCCAUAUAUUUCACGAAAAUAAAUAAUUUCAGGAAUUUAAAAAAGAAUAAGAGGAUAUAGUGUCAUAACCCUAUAAAAAAAAUUUAAUUUAAUGUACAACAAGAAAGAAAGCUAACUUUGGCCAGCCAAAGUUUGUAUACCCUUGCAGGUAACAAUUAAAAUA